AUGGAUGAUGUGUUGACGGCGCCAAACGAAUGUUACAAAGGCGCAGUGAAGUGCCGCAUCGUCUUCUCUUUCCUCAUAUACCACCACCACCUUUGCGUCACCUCCAAGCCUCCUUUCCAUUACGACCUUUACGACAAUCACUUUCUUACGUUCUAUACAGUUAUGGCUGCACACAGAGACAGGCGGCCAAGACGUCCUAGUGUCACCUUCGGCAAUGAUACAGUCUACUUCCUCUCGCCUCGGGACGAGCCGCUAUCCGUAGUUUCAAGUCCUCAGUACGCUCCCGCCGAACAAUCGCCCCACGCUCAAUCCUUUCCUGCGUUCUCACGCAUAUCUCACCCCGGCGCAGUUCAACGGCACACUGAGGAGAUCCCGCGCGCACCCCCUGGCGCUGGAGCAUCUGCUCGGCUUGCACACUCCGCAAACCACGCCAGCCAGUACAACACGGGAAGCGCUGAUCGGCAUGUGCCUAGCGCAGCUAGCCGCUUUGUCGACGAGGGAUACCGCAGCCUCGCGGGGCGUGGUUACCUGGAUCCAACGCCAACACCCACCAAUACGCCGCUGUCGUGUCCGGCACCGUUGUUGCAGAAUCGGUCGCUCCCAUCGACCCCCUCCGAGACUCCUCUCUCGCGCUCCCCUCACAACUCCCCGCCGGACUCUCCGCAUGCUCGGUCUUCGUCGUCGUGGGGAACUCCGUCGCCAGAGCCGGAUGGGAAUCCGGGGUCGAACUCGGAUAUCUCUCCCCACCUUCAGAAGCCCACGCUCCGCUGGGAUCUUCGAGGCGACAGACUACAAUCCCUUGACGUUCGUCCAUGGUUCGACGAGCCCGCAUUCCUCUCACGACGGACGAGCUGUGAGCUCAUCUUCGAGGCUGAUGGCAAGCAGUGGAGGAUCCAAGUGCCCGAACGCAGACGCGGGCGUCCCGUAACAAUCGGGGACGUCCUGUCUACGAUCGACGCUCAUGUAUGGGACAAGCUCGACGUCCAUAACUUCCACGUUAACCGCUCGCGCCUCGAAUUGGCUGAUGCGGAACGGUCGUACCGUUAUUUGGGAGCAGAGGAUUCUCAUUUGAAUGUCUUCAGAUAUGUCGACCUCUUCGCUGAGGAAAAGUCGAACUUCUUGAGACUGGAGGAUGCCGACAAGCCAGGCGCAUUCCUUGUCGUCAUAGGCUCCUCUUCCUCGGCCUAAUGCCGCUGCACAGUCAUUCUGUUCACGUUCUUUGCUUACUGUAAUAUAAAUGGGUCAGCAUGCAGUCCCUGUUCUGUGGACUGACGUAUAAGCCAAGACUCAUCGCUGUGUGCGACGGACUUGUGUUUCUAGUUUUCUUGUGUCCAUAAUAUCCCACUCCCGACGUAUACUCCCAUCAGUCUUACUUGUACCACUAUUCUCCGGUAAUCUGCCAUUGUUGCACUGUAGUAUUGGACGCUUUGCAUACGGUACACAGACCCAGGCGCGCCAUUGCCUGAAACACCCUGUAUCUCGAUGCAUGUAACCGUAACCUACCCUCCUUAAGAAC